AUGAGGUAUAAAUAUAAUGAUAAAGAAUAUUUAAUUUCAUGGAAUCAAUGGAGUCAUAAUCAAAGACCUCAUAAACGAGAAGAAGAAAUUGAAAAUAAUGAAAUGGAAAUCAUUGAUGACAUUAAAGAGGAUGGAAUUCCUAAAUUUUGUAGAAAAACCUUUAGAACUCAGUUAGGAGCAUAUAAACGUAGAGUAUUAAAUCCUGAAUAUCUUAAACAUAUAUUUAAAAAGGAAGACUGUGAAUUAUUAAACGUUAAUGAAUAUGAAAAUGCUAAAUCAAAACUGAGAUAUAAAUAUAUUGGAAGUGAUUUUAAAAAGAUUGCACAAAAAAUGAAAGGAGUUAGUUUACGACAAAAUAAACAAUUAACACCUAAAAAUUAUUUGGAUAUAAUAAAUGAUAAAGUGAUAUUUGAUGGUCAGAAUAUUAAUUUACAACUUAAAAACGGGUCAAUGACUCGCUUAACAAUCGGUAAGACUGCAUUAACAGGAGCACACACUAAGGCUGUAUGUUGUGAAAAUGGAUGUUGUAUGCCAUUUAUUUAA